CCGAAUGACAGUCAGGAAGAAAGAUGGCGAUCUUCAGUGUGUAUGUUGUCAAUAAAGCUGGUGGACUUAUUUACCAGUACGAUAAUUAUGUACCUCGAGCUGAAGUGGAAAAAACAUUUAGCUUUCCGCUCGAUUUAGUGUUAAAGAUUCACGAUGAGAAGGUUGUCGUGUCAUUCGGACAGCGGGACGGAAUCAGAGUGGGUCAUGCGGUUCUGUCCAUUAAUGGGGUAGACGUGAAUGGUAAAUUCACUGCGGAAGGGAAGGAGAUUCAGGAGUAUCUGAGAGAUCCUGCAAACUAUCCAGUGUCCAUCAGAUUCGGCAGACAGAGACUCUCUUCAAACGAGAAGCUCAUGCUGGCCUCAAUGUUUCACUCGCUCUUUGCUAUUGGAUCACAGUUGUCACCAGAAGUUGGCAGCUCUGGCAUUGAAAUGCUGGAGACAGAUAUGUUUAAACUGCACUGCUUUCAGACACUCACAGGUAUAAAGUUCAUUGUAUUGGCAGACCCUCGACAGUCUGGCAUCGAUGCCCUGCUUAGAAAGAUUUAUGAAAUCUACUCCGACUUUGCACUGAAGAACCCGUUCUACUCUUUAGAGAUGCCUAUCAGAUGUGAACUAUUUGACCAAAACCUAAAGAGUGCCCUGGAAAUAGCAGAGAAAGCAGGGACGUUUGGACCAGGGUCCUGAAUUGAACUGUCCAGAAGUACAGCCAAAGUAUUUCCAUCAACUUUUUAAGGAAAACAAACAAGACUUUUUCACAAGCUCAAAUAAUUUAACCCUGGACUAUUAUACACUGUUCCUCAAAUUAAGUCUAAAAUUUACAGCGAGAACUGUUUCACAUUAAUUUUGUAAAUAAUGUACAUGGAUGCAGUUUGUUUGCAAUAUUCAUGCAGAACCUCGAAAGAAAAUGGUGCAGCUCAACAAAUGUUCAUUGAAGUAUGUUUAUUACCAUCUAUACAAGUAUCAUUGAUGUGGCGUUUGUGUUUGUGUGUGUAAUUUACUCCCUGUUAACAGAAAAUGAAAAGUCUAAACCUUGGAUCUGUAGUUUGGGUCCAAAAUGUGCUCAAAGAGAAAAUAUUUUAAUUCUGUCAUCAUUUACUUUAUGUUGGAAACCGGUAACCAUUGCAUCCAUAGUAUUUGUUUCUCCUACUAUAGAAGUCAAUGGUUACUCGUUUUUAACAUUCUUCAAAGUAUCUUUUUUGUGUUUAACUUAACAAUAAAAUCUUUAAACUGG